AGAGCGCGCUUGCUCAUUCGGCGUGAUGGCAACAACGGACUUCGAGGUCCGGCGGCUCGCGUCCUCCGACGUCGCUGCGACGCGUCGGCUCAACAUGGCUGCGCUGCCAGUCCCAGUGGCCGAGCACGCCUACAAGGACGCUAUUGCGAGCCAGAUGAGCUGGGUUGCUGUCCAGCGCUCCUCGAAUGCUCUCGUCGGCGCCAUCCUCGUCGAGCCCGAAGGCGACGGUACUGCGUGUAUUCGGACGUUGGCCGUUGACAUUCGCCACCGAGCCAAAGGCGUUGGAUCCCUCCUGCUUCAAACGGCGGUUGACAGCUGCGCUUCGUAUGCGCGUAUCUACCUGCACGUGCAAGUCGAGAACGCGGACGCGAUCCAAGUGUACAAGCGCGCCGGGUUCAUCGUCGAAUCGCAUGUACCCAACUACUACCGGCGCGUCGCCUGCACUGACUGCUACAUCAUGGCACUAUAUGGUACUGCGGCCUACGCAACCGAGUGAAGAACGCGCGAACACUGCGUGCUCAUGACACGCGAGACAAGUCGCUCGCCUCAAACGCUACUUACAUCAAGAGCACUCGCCAGGCCAGUUAUACGUAUGAUUCAAACGCGUUUGAUCUUGUGUGCAUGUUGGCUACUGCCGAAACGCACCUGUUUUGCCAGAUUUUCUCCCUUGCGCGGGAGCACCACCAUACGCACCAUCCAUCACCAACAGCCCAACGCAAACCUUUAAAAUAUCGU